CCCAUGCUUUGUGUAUGUAGAACUUAUAAUAACCGCACUCCCUAUUUUCGAGAUACACAUGGAGAACACCAUGUUGCUAAACGCCUGUCGUCGUUCGGAGCCAGGUAGGUGGACAUGUUUAUCGGCAUCUUUCCUCUCGCUGCUGUUCUUUUCUGUCUGUGUUCCUCACUCCAAGUCUGCUCCCUCCAUCACAACGCCAACGGCGCUACCAUCCUAUCCUAGUGUGGCUGGGAGUUGUAGAAACAUGGACAGAGAGCAAUCUGACCCUAUGAACGACAUUAAAUGCAUGCAAAAUGUCAGUGAAGCCUCCCUGCUUGAAAACGUAUGGAAAGUAUUCGACGCUGAUUUCUUCAGUGAUGCUAAGAAGUCAGAGAUUGUGAAGGGGGCAGCGGAAUUUAAUAUCCCUAUAUUCAGAGCCAAUCGGAAGUUAGUUGCUUCCGCAAAUGGAGGAUUACAUGAUCCAUCAGCUUUGGUUUUCAAUCCCGAAUGGUGCAGUGAACCCGCAAGGCACAAUGACAAAAGUUUCAAUUAUCCAUCUCUAUCUGGCAUACGAAGGCCGGAAAGUGAAGAGGAUAUUGCCUUCAUGAGUGUUCUUGAGCUGGGUCAACUUAUUCGGUCAAAACAGAUUACUUCUGAGGAACUUACUCGAAUUUUCCUGCAGCGAUUGAAGAGGUACAAUCACGUUCUUGAAGCAGUGAUCUCUUACACUGAAGAACUAGCAUUCGCGCAAGCAAAAGAAGCUGAUGAAUUGCUUGCCCGAGGAGUGUAUUUGGGUCCUCUCCAUGGAAUUCCUUAUGGAUUGAAGGAUAUAAUUUCAGUACCUGGAUACAAGACAACUUGGGGUUCAAAAACAUUCAAAAAUCAAGUUAUUGACAUUGAAGCUUGGGUUUACAAAAGGUUAAAGGCUGUAGGAGCAGUUCUUGUUGCAAAGCUUGUUUCUGGAUCCUUAGCAUACGACGACAUUUGGUUUGGUGGUAGGACAAGAAACCCAUGGAAUAUUGCUGAAUAUUCAACAGGCUCAUCAGCUGGGCCUGCUGCAUGCACCUCAGCUGGCAUGGUUCCAUUUGCAAUUGGUUCAGAAACAGCUGGUUCCAUGACCUAUCCUGCCUCUCGUUGUGGUGUAACAGCAUUGCGCCCAACUUUUGGAGCUGUAGGUCGGACUGGUGUAAUGAGCAUAUCUGAAAGCUUGGAUAAGCUUGGCCCUUUCUGUAGAACUGCUGCAGAUUGCGCUGUUAUUCUGGAUGUCAUUUCAGGGAAAGAUCCAGGUGAUGUUUCCUCAAGAAACAUUCCCUUUGAUGACCCAUUUGCGGUGGACAUCACAAAACUUACUGUUGGAUAUCUCAUUGAUGCCGAGAUGGAGGUUGUUCGUGUUCUUAAGUCAAAGGGUGUUAAUGUGAUACCUUUUGAACUUAAUUACAGUGUUCAUUCUGCUCAAGGUAUCCUUAACAUCACAAUGGAUGUUGAUAUGUUGGCUCACUUUGAUGAGUGGCAACGAGCUGGGCAGGAUGAUGUUUAUGAAGCCCAAGAUCAGUGGCCUCUUGAACUGCGUCGUGCACGCGUGAUUCCUGCAGUAGAUUAUAUGCAGGCACAAAGAGCACGGGGCAAAUUAGUGAAGGAAAUAAAAGAUAAUUUUAUGGUUGAUGCAUUCAUUGGCAACGCAACUGAUUGGGAGAAAGUAUGUGUAGGCAAUCUUGUAGGAUUGCCCGUGCUUGUUGUUCCAACAGGAUUUACUGAAAUAUCUAACCCAUGUUCGAGUAGUACUCAACAGAAGACCACUAUCACUACUGGAAUUUAUGCUCCUCCUUGCCAUGAUCAUAUUGCACUGGCACUAGCUAUCGCUUACCAAGAAGUUACAGAUCACCAUAAGCAACGUCCACCUAUUGAUGAUAUUGGCCCCAACAUCCCAAACCCAACUACAUUAACCUCUGCUACCAAAUGAUCGCAUCCCUGAAUUUUUUUUUGUAAUUUGUCAUAGUUCUGGGAUUUGACCCCAAUAUCAAGUGUGUUGAUAAAUUAAAUUUUUUAUCUUUUUUUUUUGGGUAAAAAAUUUGCUUCUAGUAUUGAAAUAACACCAUUUUUGACAUGUAAUAAAAUAUUUGAGCAUGCCUACUGUCA